AUGCGGCAAGUGUUAUUGGAAGAGACAUCACUAUUGCCCAUUCACAAAUCGAGGCUACGAUUCUCAGCAAAUUCUCGGCGAGGCUCGUGCUCAUCCGCCCCGGCGUCUCGAGAGGGCGGAGCUGUAGACUCCGCCCACGUCCCAGGAAUGCCUCAACGUAUUCCAUGGGAAUUCGGGAAAAUUGCUUUUCUUUUUAUUUACCUGGCGCUAGCUGGUUGCAGUAAUUGGGCGGUUUUCUCGUUUACGCAUGAUCGAGCAGGAAGAGAACCAUUACCGGAUAUUCUUUUCGAUUUGUUACCUGAGCAAGAGUGGGCAGCCACAUGGGGUGAUUGGUCGGUGACUGCGAAUAUUUUAUGUCUAUUAGGUUUAAUUUCAUUGCAUCGCUUUCGAUUAUUGAUUGCACGACGAGCGUUUUUCAUUGCUGGCACUUUGUAUGCAAUGCGUUCGAUUUCACUUCUUUUCACUCAAUUACCACCAGGCUAUGUGAACAAUGCGAAACGAUGCCGAGUCCGGGAAAAUACGACAACUUUAGAGACAUUUUUCUCAAGAUUAGGUGAACAAACGAUUCGAAUGGGAUUCCAGUCGAAAGAGGGAAUGCUUUGCGGAGAUCUUCUUUUCUCGGGUCACACCCUUGUCAUGAUGACUUGCACACUGUGUGUAGCCCAUUAUUUACCCCGAAGGUGGAAACUUCUUUCGAUUGUGCCUUAUACGAUUUCAAUUUGUGGCAUGAUUUUCUUAAUCAUUUCACACACCCACUACACGAUUGAUGUCAUUUUCGCUUACUGGUUAACGAAUUUUGUGUUUAUUAUAUAUCACGCGUAUGUGGAAGUGGAUAUGUUGGUAGAAAGACGACAGUCCGUGCUUCAUCAAGUCUGGAUCAUGAAGCUCGUUUCAUGGCUUGAGGAAAACAUUGUGCCUGGAAAAGUCGAAAACGGUUUCGCGUUACCAUUUGAGAAUUUCUUGAGAAGACAUUUACUUGUGGACAAUCCCGGCCAUCACAAGCAGAUAUCCAUUGAUUUCUCCUGGUCGAGCUCAUCAGCCACAUCGACUCUCAAAUCGACUCGAGAGCCACCGACUUCGAUUGAGAAUUUGAGCUCAGCAUCGACGUUCGGGUUACCG